AUGCGCACCAUGCCCGGAAUGCCGCACAUGCCGCAGACACCGCAGACACCGCCAGUGAAGCCAAGCACGGAGCUUGCCAUCUACAAGCUGUGCGGUGAUGCCAUUGCCCACUUAGAUUGCGAUGACAUCUCUAAUAUCAAAGAGACUCAUGGUGAUUCUGUGAAGGCAUUGAAGUUGUUUCUGUCGCAUGUUGUCGGCCUUUCCAGGUUUCGGCAGAAGCUAAUGCACGGGACCCAGGUUCUGCAGGAUGCUGACCCACUAUCUAGUGUGUCUCUCCCAGCCAGCUUGCAGUUGGUGAUGCUACCAUUUGUCCCUGCUUCCCGCGGAGACCUUCAAUGCAUGCGAAUUGCAGCUGAAAGUGGUCAGCAUCUUGAGAUGCAACGGCUGUUAGAGCAGCAUUUUGACCCCGACUUGAGCCUGACCCCCGGCCACAACAAAGCUCUGCACAUCGCAACUACAUGUGGCAGUGUGGGUUGUGUUCAGCUGUUGCUUGAGGCUACAGCCGACAUGCAAUCGCUUGAUGAAGAUGGCAAAACGGCUUUAUGGCAUGCUGCCCAGAUGGGCAAUGUCGAAAUUGCUCGUUUGUUGCACGACGCCGGGGCCAGACAAGAUUCGGCCAGCAAUGGGGGAGAGUAUCCUCUGUGCAUCGCAUGCCGCAACGGCCACCUUCAGAUAGUCCGCGUUUUGUUGCUGGACACGAGUCCACAAAGCGGCAAGCCAGCAAAGCCAAACUGCCAGCAAACAACAAAGCCAGACGCUGAACGACUUCUUAGUGGCAGCCAGGCUCUGCACAUUGCAACCAAACUGGGAAAUGCAAGCUGUGCCCAGUUGCUACUCGAGGCUGACGCCAAUGUACACGAGAUGGACGAGGCAGGUAAGCCGGCCCUGUGGCAUGCUGCUCAGAUGGGUCGCAUCGACUUGGUCCAGUUGUUGUUGGCAGCUGGUGCGGGUAAGGAAGUUGCAAAUGGAGUGGAUUCUCCCCUUUGCGUUGCCUGCCGAAAUGGCCACCUUGGGGUGGUCCGCCUCUUGCUUGAUGCUGCGCGGUUGGGAUCGGGAGAAAGCACGGAUUUGCAUGCAAAUCCCCAGACGGUGACCGCGCUGAGCAUUGCUCUGCGCAGCGUGAUUUCACAGCGUGGCGGCAUGGCUUGCCUUCGGUUGCUGCUGGAGGCUAACGCUGACGUGCUGCAAAGCGAUGAAGAUGGCAAGUCGGCUUUGUUUCAUGCGGCUCAGGUUGGCAGUGUUGACAUCUGUCGUUUGCUGCUGGACGCUGGUGCUGACAGGGAUGCUGCAAGCAACGGAGGGGAGUGUCCGCUUUGGGUCGCAUGUAGUUGCGGUCAUCUUGGUGUAAUGAACCUCCUCCUCACAGCCGGUGCUGACAAAAACACUGCCAACACCUUGGGCAUCACAGCAUUAUGGACGGCGUGUGAUGGAUCUCACUUUCAAGUUGCGCAUGCCCUGCUGGCUGCGCGAGCUGACCCGCAGAUUGCCAACAACAUGGGCGCAUCCCUGCUAUGGAUUGCUGCCGCGAGGGGCGGUGCAUCCAUCGUCCCGCUGCUGCACGCUAACGGUGCUAACAUCCACUGUCCCGAUGCGACGGGAAAGACACCCGUGUGGGCUGCAGCAUGCAAUGGACACGAGGACAUUUUAAGAUAUCUCAUGGACCACCAUGCAGAGGUAGACGUUGCGGAUGCCUCCGGCACGUCAGCUCUGUGGAUAGCUGCUCGCCAGGGAUAUGUGGACAUCGUCCGUCUCUUGGCGCGGGCAGGUGCCAACCCCAACAUCCUGAACGAUACUGGUUCCUCGCCCUUGUGGAUGGCAUCCUCACGGGGCCAUGUGCGAAUGGCUCAAGCUUUGCUCGAAUGUCAUGCUGACGUUAACCAAACCCAGGUUCAGACUGGCGCAUCACCGGUUUGGAUCGCCUCUGCAAAGGGUCUGCUCCAGGUUGUGCGGCUUUUGAGGGAGGCGGGUGCAAAUGCCACAGCAGACAGCACCGGCAAAUUGCCCGUGGAAAUCGCAAAGCAACGCUUCCACUGGAAAAUUGUGGAUCUCUGGAACGGAAGAGAGCAGCCAACGCUGGCCUUUCGAACCUUCGGCUCUUUGAGAUAG